CUAAAAUUAGGUGAAUUUGAACAAUUUAGAAAGAUUCCACGGCCAAAAGUGAAAGUUGAGCUAUUGGAAAUUUGUGUAAAGAAGAACACGCAAUUAGUGCAACUUGAAGCAACCUCCUUCCAAGCUUCAAAAGUAAACUCUAUUCUACAAAACGGGACCUACAAAACUGUUACAUGAAUGGCGAAAGGUCAUUUCCUAUCACUGCCAUGCUAGAUGUGUAAUUAUGUUUUUCGUUUAUGCUAAGAUUCAUUGAAAAGGAAUUGUGUGUCACACGUAACAAGAAAAGGAGGUCAUUGAUUGGUUUUCUGUAGCUUCAAUCAAUUGACAAUCGAAAAUGAGUGUUUCCCGACUUUUACCAUUUAACCUGACAACAUCGCAAAAAGUAAUUGUAGUGUCUGUAACAGCGGGAGUUGCUGUACUGGGGGUGAUUGCUAGUUAUUUAGGACGGCGUCGUACUCCCAAACCCCAGCAGCGGCGACUUCGUAAACCAGUCAAUAGGAAAACAAGGAACAGUGUGCGAAGUCCGAAUGACAUAAUUUCGCUGGCAGGAUCGAAAGCAUCUGGUCGUUCGUAUAGUCCUGGUGGAUCUAUUCAUGGCAUCUCUGAUCGAAUGUCCCUCGCAUCCGGUUCACUUGCAGGAGGUGGUACUGGAAUUGGCGCUGGCCCAGUUAUAGGGGGAACAACGCCAUUAACACCGCAGCAGCUCGGUGUGAUGGGAAUGGAAGCGCUGGAGACUGUUAUCAGCUACUGGGAGGAUGCACUGCUGGGCAGAAACGACGUCGAUAUUCCAAGCAGGAUCACGGCAGAUCAGGAGGAAUUUUGCCGCGAGCUGCAAAAUCUUCUCGAUGCAGCUUACAACCUGCAAGAGCAGGGUGAGCUGCUGUUCUUGGACGAGCGAUCGGUGUUGUUUCGGGACGAUGAUAAUAAGGUGGUGCAAGCGGGCACACUAUCCAACGGUCACCGAUCUGGUUCGGAUCCAAACUUUGAUUCGGCGGAGAGCUUUGCAUCUGCUUUAGAUCAGGUGGCUGACCUGCGAGAAUUUGAAGACGAGAUAUUCUCAGAUGUAGAGAAUUUCCCACUUUACCAAAGUGCGUUAGAACUGCUGGAUGAUCAACCCAUUCCUUGUCGUACGGUACGAACCGAUAUGGUCGGAUGCAACUCCGAUGCGGAAUAUUUCGCUAAAUUACACUGCAUUCGACUGGCCUUCCAAUUGUUAUUUAAGGACCCAAAACACAGUCAAUGGGUGGCGGACACUGGUCGGCAGGUACUGACCGAUUUGCUUUGCCUUGGAGACAAAGAUCCGAAAGACUUCCUGGUGGCGUACGAAUCGAUGCUGGAGUUUCUGCAGAACAUGGAUAAUUGGCCGGAUGUCGAGCGUGAGCUCGAGUCUCGCAACGUAAAGGCCAUGACUUUCUACGACGUAGUACUCGACUUCAUUAUUCUGGAUGCAUUUAGAGAUCUCGACUCACCACCAAACAGCGUCCUCGCUGUCAUUAACAAUCGGUUCCUCUCGAAUAGUUUCAAGGAGACCGCCUUGACGACGGCCGUUUGGUCAGUGUUGAAGGCAAAGAAACGUUUGCUCAAGUUUCCCAAUGGAUUUAUGUCACAUUUCUAUUGCAUAACGGAGCAGUUGUCUCCGCUGAUGGUGUGGGGUUUCUUCGGGCCAGACGAGAACCUCAAAGAAGUGUGUAAAUAUUUUAAGGAGCAGAUGGUCAGCUUUUUGGUAGACAUUUACAAUUUCCAAAAGUGUCGUUACACCACGGUGGAAGAGCUCGCCGAGGAUAUAUUGUUGAAUAUGAGGAUGAGAGUAAGCAAUAUAGGUGUUAAAUUCAAUCAAUAAUGCUACUAAAAUUUAAAGGUUAUAGUUUCUACUACAUCGUUGGUUAUUGGCAUCCGGUUAUUUUGUUUGUUCCGAUUUUAGAAUAGUCUGGCCAUUGUGCUUUUAAAUUUAUUACCGAAUAUAGCGAUUUAGGUUAAUUAGUCCUAGCAACAUAUCGCACAUCGAUUGGUUCCCGCAUGCAACAGAAACCGAAACUAAAACUUUGGUCGUAAUAACUAUUGUUAGUGUACUGU